AUGCUCCAUCAUGCCAAGUUGGACAAGUGCUUCUGGGCUGAAGCGGCAAUGACGGCCGUCUAUGUGAAGAACCGUUUGCCGUCACCCAAGAUUCCACACAAGACACCGUUCGAGAUUGUCUACAAUUCUAAGCCAAGUGUCAAGCACAUGCGCGUUUUUGGGUGCCAAGCAUACAUCUUGACCCCGAAGGAGAAACGACUCAAGUGGGAUCCCAAGGCCCGGGCUGGAUUGUUUUUGGGCUACUAA